CACCGGCGCCAGGGCUGGCGGCGCGCGCCGAAGCAGGACGCAGGCCGGGCGGAAGCGGCCCGGCGCGCUGGGCGGUGGGAUCGCGGGGCGGGCCUUUAAAGGGACAGUCUCUGCCCGCGCCGGUUCGCUCGCGGGGACGGCCCACGAUCCGGGCUGGAUGGCUCUGGGAGUCGGGAUCGAGGAAGUAGAAGAGAAGCAGGGCUGUGUGACCGCCCUGGAGCAUUCUGCCAUCUUCCUACCCCGUCGGGGUGCCCAGCCAUGGCCAGACCACCUGCCCCGGGCUCAGUGGUUGUCCCAGACUGGCACGAGAGCGCCGAGGGCAAGGAGUACCUGACCUGCAUCCUGCGCAAGAACCGCCGGCGGGUGUUUGGCCUGCUUGAGCGACCAGUGCUGCCCCCACCCGUGGCCAUUGACACAGCCAGCUACAAGAUCUUCGUGUCUGGGAAGAGUGGCGUGGGCAAGACAGCGCUGGUGGCCAAGUUGGCUGGCCUGGAGGUGCCCGUGGUACACCAUGAGACCACUGGCAUCCAGACCACCGUGGUAUUUUGGCCAGCCAAACUGCAGGCCAGCGACCGUGUCGUCAUGUUCCGCUUUGAGUUCUGGGAUUGCGGGGAGUCUGCGCUCAAGAAGUUUGAUCACAUGCUGCCGCCUUUCCAUCCCCAGGCUUGCAAAGAGAAAACAGACGCUUUCCUCUUCCUCUUCUCUUUCACCGACCGUGCCUCCUUCGAAGAUCUCCCUGGACAGCUGGCCCGAGUAGCAGGUGAGGCCCCCAGUGUCGUCAGGAUGGUCAUCGGCUCCAAGUUUGACCAGUACAUGCACACAGAUGUGCCUGAGCGUGACCUCACAGCCUUCCGGCAGGCCUGGGAUCUGCCCCUCCUGCGAGUGAAGAGUGUGCCAGGGCGGCGGCUGGCAGAUGGACGCACGCUGGAUGGGCGGGCUGGGCUGGCUGACAUUGCCCAUGUGCUCAAUGGUCUGGCGGAGCAGCUGUGGCACCAGGAUCAGGUGGCAGCUGGCCUGCUCCCCAAUCCCCCAGAGAACACCCCCAGCUGAAGGGUGGUGGCAUCAUGAGCCGGCACCUGUGAUCCCCACUCCCGACCCUCAGGUGACCCAGAGCAGAGGGCAGGACCCAAGGCCUAAGGCUGGGGCAUGCAUAUUGAUCUCAUCAGAGGGCCAGAGGGGCCUGGUCAGGGUGGAUGGUGGCCUGAAAGGGUCUUGCCCCAGCAGCACUUUCCUGGCAGAGUUCAUGGCAGUGAUGUGGGGGCACAAAGGUCUGAGGGCAUCUAGGUGCCUGCUGGCCUUCUCUCUCUGCCCCGGGGCUCUAGGCUCUCGAAACUGAGGAACUGUAUGGGAAGGGCCCCAGGGCUUAAACGUCCUCCCCAACCCAACCUCCUGCUGCCCUUCCCCCUUCUGUAGCACCGGGGGGGUGGGGGUGGGGGGGGGCGCGAGUGUGGGGAGGGGUGCCUCUGGGCCCUGCACCUCUGACUUCAAUCAAGAGCCUGCAUUAGCUGAGGUAACACCAUCUGCUGCUCCAGAUAAACCUCAGUGGCAUACUGCUAGAGUUUUUUUCUUGCUUAUGUCUCACUCUGGUGGAGCUGGAGGUGGGUGUGGGGCUCUGCUGCACACACUCAUUCAGAGCCCCAGGCUCUGAGAUCUUCUACACGUGGCUUCCCAAUUUGCCCUGGGGCAUCAGCAUCCAGUCUGCAGACAGAACGAGUGCAUGUGGAAGGUCACCUAGGAGGUUCCUAGGGAUCUGGCGUAGGCUGCUGUGCCUCAUUCUGCUCACAUUCCAUCGGCAAGGACCUAAUCACGUGGUCACACGGGGCUGUAGGGGGAAGCUGGGAAAUGCAGUCCACCUGUGUGUCCAGGAGGCAAGCCCCUUACUCUGUAGUGCCUUUCUUGAUCGUGAAACUGUCAGGCUAGGCUUAGGACAGGGGCCCUGCUGGCCUAGGGGAAUCAGAAUGCAUCCUUGGGCAGGGCCAGGGACUGGACCAGGUCGGGGUCAGGGAGGCCAGCAAGGCAGGAGCAGGAAGGCCAGUGAACUUGGCCAUGCUUGUGUCUCACCCCCGCCCAUCAGCUAGAGACACUGAUGCAUGGUGGGUGCCGACAAAGGGGGCCUUAUAUACUCUUACUCCCUGAUGACACCCCAUCUGGCCCCAGAGAUGAAGCCCCGGGCUGAGGCCUGGCCUGAGUCUAACCCAGCUGGAAGGGCCCGGGCCAGCCAGCUGACCCUUGGAGCCUCCUCUUGAGAAGGCAGCCCCUCUGCCUCUCCACACUCACACGCAUGAUCAUGUGCUCACACGCACCAGCACUUGUCCCAAAACGCCGCCCACUCCUCCCUCCCGGACCACAGGAGGCUCGCACACACUCACCCUGCUCACGCUCCUGAGCACGCUGCCGGCCUACAUGGCACUGCUUGCGAGUCUGUCCACGCUGGGCACUGCCCAGAGAUUUGUCAGCCCUUCCAGGGCCUAAAGGACUGAUUUCAACCCCUUCUUAUCCUUAAUUCACGUUCAGGGCUGACACCUGAGCUUAUCCCGUACGCCAGAGAAGGAAUGUCCUGGGCAGGACCCCAAGCCUCACAGCCCCCGCAGUCCCUAGGCUGGCUCCUGCUCCUGGGCAGGACCCCAAGGCUCACAGCCCCCGCAGUCCCCAGGCUGGCUCCUGCUCCUGGGCAGGACCCCAAGGCUCACAGCCCCCGCAGUCCCCAGGCUGUCUCCUGCUCCUGGGCAGGACCCCAAGGCUCACAGCCCCCGCAGUCCCCAGGCUGGCUCCUGCUCCUGGGCCAUAGACCUUACCACUGCAGCCUUCAGUUCUGCUUUGAGCCCUUUCUCUCUGUUCUUAGCCCCAGUAGACCUUUCCCCACCAGGCAGAGCAAGGUGUGGGGGUGGAAUGUGGUGAAGGUGGCCUCUGGGCCUGAAUGUGACCCUCCAGCUACAGGUACUGUGUUGUGGCACCAGCUACCCUAUAUCCCAGCCAGUUAUCUCUGGGUUUAAGACACCCCAGAAAGGAAGCUUCCGCAUCCUUCUUGGGCACCAUCUCAGCUAAGAGCCCUAAGCUUGCUCUGGAGAAAUAUCCCAGAACCUCCCCAUGGCAGGGCAGGCCAGGCCAGUUUCUCCUGGUUACCACUGCUCCCGUCGGAGGAUCAACCUCAGCCACCUUCGCCCCAAACCAGAGGUGAACAGUUCCCUUCACGGUCUCCCUGGGUAACAGCAAAGUGGGGAGGGCAAUGGGGUGGGACCUGGAGCCACUUCAGUAUUUAGUAGGCUACCCCCAGGGGCCUCCACAGAGGGCAGGACUGGGAGCCUGAGGGAGGAGGGAUCUGCAGAGCCAUAAUUCUAGGAGCUGGUGGCUGUGCCUGCAGGGUCGUCUGUGGGCAGGGUCAUGUGGAGAGUGAGUGAGAAGAGAGUGUGUGUACAUGCCUGGAUUCAGGCCAGCUUCGUGGGCCUGCCACCUGAGCAGUCCACAGGGCCCGGCACUCAGAGGGGCCCCACACCUGGUUUAAUGCUCUGCUCUUGCUAUCUCGAAAUUCUGGAUACCACAAAUUAUGUAGCAAGUCCUGUGCAUGUUGUCCAGGAAGAGGGUCUGGGCUCCAGGUAAAGCUCCUGUCUCAGAGCCUUGGCGACCCUGAUGGCCUAAUGGUUAGAGUUCAGUGCUCACCACUUCUGCUGCCAGGGUUCACUUCCUGGUCACGGAACCACACCACCCAUCUGUCAGUUGCCAUGCUGUGGUGGUGGCUCACACGGAAGAACUAGGAUGACUUACAUCUAGCAUAUACAACCAUUACUGGGGCUUUGGAGAGUGAGAAAAAAAAAAAAA